GAUACAAUUUGUGUGUGUGUGUGUGUAAAUAGAAAUGAUUACUAUUAUUACAAAAAACAAAUAUUAGAUUGAAUAGCCGGAAAUGUGACAUUCGUUGUUAUUGUAAUCAACCAGUUUGUGUACGUACCGGUUAUAUGUGCAAAUCAAAAGGUAAUCAUCAACAAGCUGGAUGUUAUGUUGAACAUACAAAUAGUUUUAAUAAUAUGAUGAAUGAUCGUUCAAGUGAUAUAUCUCGUCAUGGUUGUAUUGAAAUGUUAUCAAAUGAUCAACGUAUUCCAUGUAUGGAAUUAGCAUUAGCAUUACGUUCAUCAUUAUCUCAUCAUCAUAAUCAUAAUCAUAAUCAUCAUUCCAAUCAUCAUAGACAUCAUUCAUCGAUUCAUAUUCAUCAACCGAUGACAACAACAACAAACAAUAAUAAUAAUAAUCAUAAUCCAAUUCAUCGUAAACAUAAUAAAACAAUAACCUGUUGUCUUGAUGAUAUGUGUAAUUAUGUUAAAACAAUUAAUGAUGAUACAAAUAAUGAUUCAGAUAAUCAUCAUCAUCACCAUCAACAUCAUCAACAACAACCACAAUCAACAAUAAUAUCAUCAUCAAAUGAUUUUGAUUCAUUUGGUAAACAUUUACAAGAAAAUUUUGGAAUCGAAGGUUCCAUUCAACAAUAUGGUUCGAUUUUAAUCAUUGCAUUCAUUAUGACACCAAUUUUAAUAUUAAUAUCUAUUAUCUGUAUGGUUAUAUUGUACAUACGUAAAGUUGAUAAGAAUAAAAAAUUUCCAAAACAAUUAUCAAUUAAUAAUAAUAAUAAUAAUAAAGAUCAUCAUCAUCAUCAACAACAACAAAAAAUACAUCAAACAAAUCAUCAUCAGAAAAAUAAUAAAUUUUCAAUUAAAUCAAAAAUCAAUGCCAACAAUAAUAAACAGAAAUUAUUCGUUGAUGUUAAUAAAUAUCCACAUGGUAUUGGUAAUAUUCAAUCAUUAACACCAUUUACACAAUUAGAUGAAGAUAUAUUCGAUAAUUAUCCUGAAUCAUUACCAUCAUUGCCGAAUAUAAUUAGUGGACAUAAUUUACCAUCAUCAACAGCAAUCACUAAUGAUUUUACAAUUAUUGAAUUUGAUAAACGAAAAAAAGAAACAACAUUUUCAACAUUAACCGAUCAAAAUCGUGUUGAAAAUACAAAUACAAUUUAUAUGUCACCACCACAACCACCAUUGAAUAAUAGUCAUUUGAAAUCAAUCAAUCAUUCAAAUCAUUUGGAUUUAGUUUCGGAAACAUUUUCAGAAUAUUCAAAUAGAGCUUUUAAAUUUCAUGAAGAAGAUAGAUAAUGAUUCUCUUCUUUUUUUUGAUUGUUUUUAUUGUAAAUAUAUUUUUUUUAUCUACUCUUUCCGUUUAUAAAAUUGUUUAUUAUGUAAAU